UCAGGAUCAUAAAAUAAGGAUGGAGAAAUCUUUAUCAAGUCAAAAUGAACCUGAAACACCUUUUUUUUGCCAUUUGUGCAGUGUUUCUUGUGCUUCAGCUCUCAAUCUUCAGAGUCACUUUUUGGGCAUCAAGCACAGGAGGGCAGAAGAGGCUCUCAGAGAUGAUAAACCAGACAAGGAGGAGCCAAUUGACAUAAAGCCCGAAGCAACAUUACAAGAGCAACUUGAUGCAUGCAAAAAUUCUGAACCUGCUUUAGGUCUUGAGUACAUUUAUCAGUACCAAAAACGUGGCUAUAACACAUAUGAGUGCAAACUGUGUGAAUGUCGGUCGGGACUCACACACAUGUUCAUGCAUAUUGUUGGAGCGAAGCACAGAAUUUAUUAUUUGAGUAAACAUCAUCCUUCACUUGGUAUUUCUGGUCCAUACAUAAUGAAAGGUCCAAAAAAGCUUAAGAAGUUAAGAGAAAUCUGCCUUACAGUUGAAAAGGAAUUUGGAAGGAAAAACAUAAAUGUUAUUGAAGGAAAAGAAAAUCCCUGGUCUUUCAAUACUGAUAUUACUGGUGCGUCAAGUGUAUAUUACACUCCAGACAGCGAACUUGAAAAGAUGGACUUCACUUCGGAUGAUUUUUUUGACACAGAUGUCAAACCUGCAGCUUCUGAACAUGUAACGUUUCUAGAAUUAAAAGCAUCAUACGAAUCGGAUCAGAAGUCGUCAGAAUCUAGCAGCAACAGUAUUGCACAUAAGGCAGAAGAAUCAGAGUUUUCUGCUCUACAGGAAUUUAAAAAUGAUGAGAAAGCACAGGAGAUGAUAAAAGAUGGCGAAAGUACAAAGGAUGCCCAUGAGAAAGAAGAGCACAUAACGGAGCUGUGCGACCAAGAUUUUAUAAAUAAUAAAGAUCUAUUAGAUUUCUUGGAACAUUUUAGAAUUCUGCAAGAUGAAGAUGCCAAAUUUGUCAACACUGUUGUCGAAAUGUUGUCAAUCGCGUUAAUGCGACACAAGAGAGUCUCUCAAGAAAAUGAAGAGGAGAAAUUGUCGGAGUCGGUUCAUUUUUUGCCGACUCCGACUCCUACUCCAGGUACCCAAAAUUGACUCAGACUCCGACUCUUCGACUCUGACUCCGACUCCACAGCCCUGAAUCAGACCUGGUUCCCAGUCAGCACAAGAAAUUCUUAGGAAUCCUGCUAGAUUCGCACAACCUUAUGUCCCUUUUACCUCCAGAAAAGCAGAUGGCCAAUUCUGCGAAUCCAGAAGCGUGGCCAUCGGGGACAUCAUGAGACUGUUGGGACAUCUAACAUCCACUAUUCCCGAGGUCCGAUGGGCCCAGCAUCAUACAAGGACACUGCAAAGGUUCCUUCUGGAAUCCUGGGACGGAAAUCAGAAUUCUUUUGAACAGGAGAGUGAAAAUUCCAGAAAAAGUGAAGAUGUCUAUCUUCUGGUGGAAGAUAAAGAAACAUCUCCAAAGAGGAGUUUUUUGGCGACUGGCAGAUCAGAUCGUUAUAACAGAUGCCACCAGCCGAGGAUGGGGAGGCCACACAGGAAAUCAGGGGGUCCAGUGCACAUGGAGCCCAGGGAUGUCUGCUGUCUCUGCGAACAUGAGAACUGGUGGUCUUGAAGGUACUUAUGUGUCUUCAUCCAUCUGUAAAAUCCCAGCACAUAAAGAUAUUGUCCGCCCACGCUACCACAGUAGCCUACUUAAACCGGCAGGGGGGUACAAGAAGCAGAGAACUACAACAACUGUUAGAGAAGAUUUUCGGUUGGGCAGAGAAAAAUAUAAAAUCCCUGGUAGCUGUCCAUCUAAAAGGCGAGGAAAACAGAGUGGCGGAUUAUCUCAGCAGAGAAGAUCUGAGUGGGAGAGUUGUCAUUGGACCCCAACAUGUUCAGACAGAUAUCUCUCAGAUGGGGGUUACCAAAAGUGGAUCUCUUUGCAAAUCAGAAGAACAAACAACUCGAUUUAUUCGGUUCCCUCUUCAGCAGGGAUCAGCCACUAAUGGUGGAUGCCCUGUCAUGUCGGUGGCCAAAAGAUCUCCUGUAUGGUUUCCCCUCUUAUAGUAUGAUUCCAAAGGUAUUAGUAAAGGCAAUGGAGGAAGAGGCACAGUUAAUACUGAUUGCUCCUGGUUUCCCCUCCUCUACAAUCUGUCGGCAGGUCAAUUCUGGUCUCUCCCAACGUAUCCGGGACUACUACGUCAGGGUCCGGCAGUUUUACUUAAACUUUUAAAUCAGCGCAUCUUUA